CCCCGCCCCGUCCGGCCGCGGCCUCGCUCCCUCCGAUCCCCCCGCGCCCGGGACCCUCGGCCCCCCUGUUGCGCCAGCCCGCCUGGUCCGGCCAUGGGUCCCGCCGCUCGCCCCGCGCUGAGAUCGCCGCCGCCGCCUCCGCCGCCGCCCCCGUCGCCGCUGCUGCUGCUGCUGCCCCUGCUGCCGCUGUGGCUGGGCCUGGCGGGGCCAGGGGCCGCGGCGGACGGCAGCGAGCCCGCGGCCGGGGCGGGGCGGGGCGGAGCCCGCGCCGUGCGGGUGGACGUGAGGCUGCCGCGCCAGGACGCUCUGGUCCUGGAGGGCGUCAGGAUCGGCCCCGAAGCCGACACGGCGCCCCUGCUGGGCGGUCGCCUGCUGCUGAUGGACAUCGUGGAUGCCGAGCAGGAGGCGCCCGUGGAAGGCUGGAUUGCAGUGGCAUACGUGGGCAAGGAGCAGGCGGGCCAGUUCCACCAGGAGAAUAAGGGCAGUGGCCCGCAGGCCUAUCCCAAGGCCCUGGUCCAGCAGAUGCGGCGGGCCCUCUUCCUGGGGGCCUCUGCCCUGCUUCUCCUCAUCCUGAACCACAACGUGGUCCGAGAGCUGGACAUAUCCCAGCUUCUGCUCAGGCCAGUGAUCGUCCUCCAUUAUUCCUCCAAUGUCACCAAGCUGCUGGAUGCACUGCUGCAGAGGACCCAGGCCACGGCUGAAAUUACCAGCGGAGAGUCCCUGUCUGCCAAUAUCGAGUGGAAGCUGACCUUGUGGACCACCUGUGGCCUCUCCAAGGAUGGCUAUGGAGGAUGGCAGGACUUGGUCUGCUUGGGAGGCAGUCGUGCGCAGGAGCAGAAGCCCCUGCAGCAGCUGUGGAACGCCAUCCUGCUGGUGGCCAUGCUCCUGUGCACAGGCCUCAUGGUCCAGGCCCAGCGGCAGGCAUCGCGGCAGAGCCAGCGGGAGCUCGGAGGCCAGGUGGACCUGUUCAAGCGCCGCGUGGUGCGGAGACUGGCAUCCCUCAAGACACGGCGCUGCCGGCUGAGCAGGGCAGCACAGGGUCUCCCGGAGCCGGGUGCUGAGACCUGCGCUGUGUGCCUGGACUACUUCUGCAACAAGCAGUGGCUCCGAGUGCUGCCCUGUAAGCACGAGUUUCACCGAGACUGUGUGGACCCCUGGCUGAUGCUGCAGCAGACCUGCCCAUUGUGCAAAUUCAACGUCCUGGGUGAGCACCAGGGGUGGGGGCCCUCGGCCUACUCCACCUGCUCCUCACCUGAUGCCUCCCUCCCUGUUCUUCCCCUCCCCUGCAGGGAACCGCUACUCUGACGAUUAACUGCCCUGCUGGACACUGCACAUGGGGAUGGACCCUUCCUGCCUGCACCUUGGUCCUCAGCCUGGUUCCCA